GUGCGUACCUGAGCCUGGGCGACAAGGGCAAUGCCUUGAACUGGCACAAGUCCUGUUUCAACUGCAACAGGUGCAGUACUAGCCUAGGCGACGCAACCAACUUUCAGGUGCAGGACGCCAAGCCUAUCUGUGGCCCCUGCUACGCCAAGUAG